UCCGAGAGAAUAUUAUAAUAGCGUAGUCUCCAGGCUGCAGCUUCGUUCUCAUAUCUCUGCUCUGCAAUUGGAUUGGAUCACCCCGUUCCGGCUCCGGUUUUCCCAGGCGGAUCUUUCAUCAGCUGUCACCCGUGCCUAGAGCAAAAUAUGUCGGAUACAAACAUGGAGGACGUGAAGGACCAAGAGCUUGUUCAAGGUCAUGGUGACAAUGCCGAGCAAGACGUGAAAGCUUCAGAUGAAAGUCAUGAUGAUCAUCCCAUGCCUUCAGUCCAGAAGGAGGAGGAAACAAUUAAGAAAAAAUAUGGAGGCAUUAUUCCUAAGAAGCCUCCACUAAUAUCCAAGGACCAUGAGCGGGCUUAUUUUGAUUCUGCUGAUUGGGCAUUGGGAAAGGGCACACAUAAGCCGAAAGGACCACUCGAAGCACUCCGCCCAAAGCUGCAGCCCACACCACAUCAGCAAGUGCGUUCCAGACGUGCCUCCUAUGCGAGGGCAGAUGAUGUCGAAGUAGAUGGUGUCAAUAACAACACUUCAGAGGAGGAUAUCCAAAGUGGCGUAACCGAUGGCAGCACAAACACCGUGACUGAGGAUCAGAGCCGUCAUGAGUGAAGCGGAGUCCCAUAUUAGAAAAAUGCCGAAUCCCAGAUCUUUUACCGAAGUGCCAGAGCAAAUAAGCAAACUGAAUCAUGCAACAUGAUUCAGUUGCAACAUGAUUCAUGCAACAUUUUUUUACUUGUAACAUGAUUCAUGUAACAGUAUUACUCUGCACUAAAAUGUGACAUUCCUGUUUCUUAAAUUGCUUGUGAUGAGAAUUGAGAAUGCUUAUUACUUUAAUAGUGAAGCCAGUGAUAGUUUGAUUACC